AUGAAUAGUAAUCUUAUCAACCUGUCUGCAGAGCUUUUAUAGGCAUAAGACAUAAAGAGAUAUUUGAUUAAAGAUUUCAAUAGAACCACUCUGAAGUUAAGAUAUUUCGAAUAAGGAUAUAAUGACGGAAGACCAAUCUCUUUGAAUAAAGCUUAUUUAGAGAGAUAAGACGAUGAUGUUUACAAUGAGGAACGAAUGAGAAAGGCGAAGCCAAUGUAUAGAUUGAUGUUUGGGACAGAAUUUCAUAUCAAAGAAUUAUCGAACAGAUUGAAAGUAUUGUUAAAGGACUUAGGAGUGCAUGUGGCAGCUUAGGAUACAAGAGGAAUGAGUGGAAAAAUAAACUUGGCAUUUGUGGAUCUCUUAGAGGGAAUUUACAUAAUUUAUAAACAGAGUGUAAUGCAAGGAGAAGAAGGUUAAGCAGUAUUUAUGAAAAAUGUGAUCAACGUAUUAGCUACAUAUAGAGGAUAUGAUUUUAUCAUUAUAGAGCCCAAUCAUAAUGAGGUUUAACUUUAAAUUCUCUAUUCAACAAUGUAUGAAGUGGAUAGUCAAAUUGACAGAAUUAUGGCUUAAACACUUCAUCAAGAAGAUGAUUAAUCAAAGCAAAUAAUAGAAUAUGGAACAUUUAAUGAAUUUUUAAAACAUUAUAAAGAUGUCGUAAAUAUGGAACCAAUAAAUGUGGAAUCCAAUUGGGAAAUCUAAUUUUAAGAGGAAUAGUAGUAGGAAAAAUAACAAAUCGAAGUAAUUUAAGAUAGAGAACAUAUCAAUUAUUUAUCAGAAUUUGACAAACAAUUUCAUAAUGUGUUGGUGAAAGCAUCACCAGAAUAUUGGUAAUUAUUGGUAUUUGACUUACUAAAAGAUUUAUGUGAUAAAACAUUGUCUAAUUAAAUUUUGGAAUGUAAAUUUUACGAUAUAUUAAAAAAUGUAAAGGCAGCUUAAUAUCUGUUGAUUUAUAGAAAAGAAAUAGUAAAAUAUUUGAGUGAUAAGAAAUUCUGGGAAGUUUAGAAUCAACAAUAGAAACCAAAUCUGUAAAGUAAUGGUACAGCCACUUCAAAUCAUUAAUUACUCGCUAAAAUUGGAAUAGAUGUCUAAUAAGAAGGAAUGUUGGGAUUAAGAAAAUAGGAAUUUACAAAUCAACAAAAAGUGUAAACUACAUUCUAAGAAGGUUUAAUAGAAUUUGAUCCAGAAUAAUACGCAAGAAUGGAACAAUCAACUUUGGUUAGAUAUUUUCCAACUUCUACAAGGACAGAUAAAUUAGAAUAUUUAUACAUAAGAAUUGAUCCAUUACCAAAGAAACCAAUUAAGGAGGAUAAGUUGAUUCCUAUCAAUGAUCUUCCAGAAUGGGCAAGGAAAGCAUUUGAUGGAACAACUAGUUUAAAUGUUAUUCAGUCAUAAAUAUAUCCUAAAGCAUUUUUGACUGAAGAGAAUCUAUUGGUUUGUGCACCUACAGGAGCUGGUAAAACCAAUAUCGCAUUGUUGGCAAUCCUCCAUGAGAUAUCUAAGAGAGUAGAUGAAAAAGAUAAAAGAUUGAAAGAUUAAGAUUUUAAGAUUGUUUAUAUAUCUCCAAUGAAAGCAUUAGCUAGCGAAAUUGUUGAAAAAUUCUAGACAAAACUUAGAUAUUUGGGAGUUAAAGUUAAAGAGUUUACAGGAGAUAUGUAAUUAUCAAAGAAAGAAUUGUAAGAAACCCAUAUUAUAUUGACAACACCUGAAAAAUGGGAUGUUAUUACUAGAAAAACAAAUCAAAAUUAGUGA